GUAAGCAGAAUUUUUUCAGAAUUUUUUUUUGUAAGUCUUUAAUAUAUGUAAAUAUUUUUAGAUAAUUAAAAAAAUGUUUACAAGUCGAUUUCAUUUGUUGAACUUAAUAAGAUGUUUUUCCAUUAUUCUUCUUAUAUCAGCUCAAAUAUUUUUGAACACAAAUGCUAGCCCAGAAAUACAAGCACCUGAUUAUGACACUAUAUUUGACGAUUCGUUUUUACAAGUUGUAAGUACUAUUAAUAAUAAUAUCAAAUCGUUAGUCUGUGGAAAAAAUAAGAAAUAUAUUAAUCAUUCGCUUAUAAAUUAUGAUGACAUAAUGUUAUUAUCAAGAUCUUGUAAAGACGAUUACGAGUGUAGACGAAAAAAAGAAUCAAGCUUAAACAAAUUAAAAAAAGAAUUAGAGUCGUUAGAGUGUAUUCACACAUUUUUAUGUCUUCAAAUUUUAGAAGCAUUAAAAAAUGAUAUUAGGACUAAAAAUAUAAAUCCAAAUCAUAUGUUUAAAAUAAAUUAUGAACUUGUAUAUUACUACAUAGUUAGAAUGAUUUCAUUUUUUAUUUAUGGAAAAUUUGUUGUUAAUCCUUGGCAAUAUGAUUUUGCAAUGAGUAUUUUUAAUGUAACAAGACUUCAACAACAAAAAAAGAAUACAUUUGAUGUCAGUUUAGAAUAUUUAGAUAAUUCUGCAUUACUAUCUUCAAUGAAAAAAUUUUGCGAUAAUUGUAAAAUAAAUAAUGAAUUUUUGAAAUCAAUGAUUUCAUUCACAUUAAAUACUUUUAAAGGAGAAAGUAAAAAUUUUAUAAAUCAAGAAAAUUUUAAAAAAUAUGUGAAUAAUUUACUGUCAAAGACAAGUAUUAAUUGUGUAAAAAAAAUGAACAAAACUUCAUAUAUGCUUAUUAACAAAGCUAAUCAAAAAGAAGUGGUUAUCAAUGAAGACUACGAAAAUAUUAAAAAAGUUUUUCUACAAAGUUUAAAAUUAAAUAACUAUGACGAUAAUACUUUUAAGAAAAAUGAAAUACACAUCGUUGACAAAGAUUUGUGGGAUAAAGUACGUAAUACACAUCUAUCAGCUUCUCAUUUUUUCAGUGCUUAUUCAUUUAACCAAACAAAAAACAAAGAAUCAAUCUUAAAAAAAACAUUGCGCGUUAGUAAUGAAAAAUCAAGUAAUACCAAAGAUAUCCCGCUUAAUAUUCAAUAUGGCACAAUUAAUGAACCGAAGGCAAUAGAACAUUUUGAAAAGAAAAUGAACGUAAAGAUUCAAAUGUCUGGUAUACUUAUUGAUGAAAACUUUUAUUAUUUAACAGCAAAGCCGGAUGGUUUAAUUGGGACUGAUGGUAUUGUUGAAAUAAAAUGUCCCUUUAACGCCCAAAAUAUGACUCCCAAAGAUGCUAUUAAAAAUAAAGUGAUAAAAUAUGUACAUUACAACGAAAAUGGUGAUCUUGUACUAAAAUGUACUUCUCCAAUUUUUUUCCAAAUACAAGGAGAACUGCACAUUUCAAAGAGACAAUAUUGUUAUUUCAUUAUUUGGACACCAAAAGGUAUGGACUAUUGUAAAAUUCUUCGAGAUGACGAUUUUUGGAACACUCGUAUGGAAAAAAAUCUUAUUGACUUUUACGAAAACAUUAUGUUUCCAGAAAUAUUAAAUCGUCAAUUUUUCUAAAAACUUAAUAUUGCUAAAAUAUAAUAAAAUAUUAUACAUUCAUAUGUUAAUUGAAUUAAUGAAUAAACCAAUUAUUGUAAAAAUAUAUCAUGUCUUAAUAA